CGAUUUUUCAGCGUCAUCAUCACAGCAAGAACAAUCUCAUCAUCACAGCGAUUGAUUUAUUAUUAUUAACAUAAUCAAACAACAAUAUAACUGGACAAAGUUGGAUCUGGAUUUUUAAUUGUUUGCGGAAUUAUUUAGAUUUUUAAUUUUGAUUAAUAUCAUAUAUAUCUUGGAAAAUGUUAUCGUCGGUGCUUUCUCCUCCAAUAUUUCCAAAUUCUUCCUCACAAUCACUCUCUCUUUUGAAUGGAUCACAAUCGGUUGCUUCAUGGAAUCCAAAUACAAUCAAUUGGUUUUCUGUAGUAUCGGGCAGAGAUGUUUACUAUUAUAAAAUUGAUGAAAGAAUAUUGAAUAAUUUACUUGAAGAAAAACCAAUUCAAUUUGAUACAAAACAAGAAUUCACAUCAAUUUCUACAACUUCUCUUCAAUCCGAAGCUUUGUGCAGUACUUGGUCUCCAGAGGAUAGAGAUAUUCAUGCUGUUGGAUUGUCUAAUGGAUCAAUUUUGUUUGAUAAUGUUCAAAGUGAUCAACAUGUUUUUGCUGAAUUUACAAGAACAGACCCAGCCAAUAGAGGAAAAACUUCAUCACCUCCUUGUAGAUGUAUUGAUUGGAAUAGUGUGGAUACUAAUUUAAUUGCAGCAGGUUAUGACAAGGUACCAAAACAAAAUUGUGUUGCAAUUUGGGAUGUAAAUAGAUUGAAUUCUUCAGCUAGUAUUAUUUCUGAUACUGAAAGUACUGUUAGUAGUGAUUACGGUGGAUUAAGUGGUUUACAUACUGGUUCAUUUGUAAAUCCUGUUAAAAAACAACAUACCAUCUCUAAUUCUUUGCAAUUACCAUCAAGAACAUAUUUCACAACUAAGGUAGUGACAAAACCUCUUUAUGAAUUAUGUCCAGGUGAAGGUGCCACUAGUAUUUCAUGGAUUCCAGGACAACCUUCUAGCUUCCUUUUAGGUACUAGUUUGAAGUAUAUUCGUUUAUUUGAUUUAAGAGAAUAUGCAUCAUCAAUGAAGACAUACAAACCUCCAAAGAAUUUUGCUGUUCAUAACAAGUCAGUUUUGGGAAUUCAUUUUAAUCCUUUCGACAAUAAUCAAUUUGCAACAUAUUCUGAGGAUAGUGUUGUCAAGAUUUGGGAUAUGAGAAAAAUGCCAAAUCCAGUUAGAGAACUCAAUAUUGCAAAUAUUUUACCUCAACAAUUAGUUCAAAAAGCUCCUCCAGUAAUUUCACAAGUUCAAUGGUCUACAUCUCACAAGAAUGUAAUUGGUGUACUCACAAAGGAUUCAAAUACUGUCAAACUUUGCGAUCUUUCAGAACAAUCCAAGUCUGUGAAAUACAAAAUUUCUAACCACAAAUCAGUUUUUUCAUCUAACGGCUCGAUAUCAUCAUUUUCCUUCCACCCAACUAUUCCAAGAUGCCUUCUGUUGUCAACUUCAACAGGUACAGUCCAAUAUACUCUCCUCAAAGAUUUUGUCAAAUUCUCAAUUUCAUGUAACGAAGAAAUAGUAUCAGCACACUAUAAUGAGGUAGUAGAGAAUGAUUUCACCCAAUCGAAUGAUAUUAUGAGUAUUAUGAAAGAAAGAGCCAAGAAGGGAAUUGGUGUUGAUGUGAAACAAAAUAUUGAAGUUUCUAAAUCCUUAAAAGAUACAGAUGGAAUGAUUAUUUGGUCGUGGAUUAACAAAAUGAAAGAGUUGAAUAUUCGUAACGAUAGACAACAACCAAGUGAACACUACUAUACAGGUAUCCAAGCCAUUCUAGAUUCAUCUAUUCUUUUAUAUCAAAAUACUGGUCAAGAAGUUGGAAAUGACAUUUUACCAUUCAAGCCACUUCCAUAUUCGUAUCCAACCAAUAUAAAUACAGCUAAGAAUAUGAUCUACCCUCCUCAAUCUGAAGCAAUCAAGUUUGGAUCAACAAUAAGAUAUCAAAGUCCACAAAGAAGUAUUUGUUUGCACGUGUGUGGCUGGGAUCAAGAAUAUUUAAGUAAUUUGAAAAAUUCACAAAUACCUGCAGACCAGUUAGAUGAAAGAAGUGUAGCAAUUGCUAUUUUCAACUUGGAUAUCAAAACUGCUGCUAAUGUUUUGGGGUUAUUAAGCGAUAAUGAUAAGAGAAGUAAUUAUAUGUUCUUGGCAUAUGCUUUGGGAGGCUAUAAUGAAAACAGACGAGAAGAAUUCCAAAAUGUUUAUAAGAAUUUGUAUCCAAAACUGAAAGAUCCAUACUUGUCAGCAGCUUUUGGGUUCUUACUUUCGGAACCUAGAAACGUUGAUUAUGUUUUGGAUCAAAAAGCCAUACCAGUUAGUGAUAGAAUUGCAUUUGCUUGUUAUUAUCUCAAUGAUAUUGAACUUGGCAAGUAUAUCAGUUCACUUAAAGAAAAGGCAUUUGCCACGGCGGAUAUUCAAGGACUGAUUAUUACAGGUUUACAAACCAUUGAUAGUUUCAAGUUGAUGCAACAAUAUGUAGAUAGGACGGGAGAUGUUCAAACAGCAUGUUUAGCAUUUAAUCGAGCAAUCACUUCCAAGUUUUCUAACAAUGUUUCAUACUCAGACAUUUGGAUGGAAAAUUAUAGAGAUUUAUUGGAUAGAUGGAAGAUGUGGGAGCAAAGAGCAUUCUUAGAUAUAAGCAUACAGCAAGCCGUGAGAGGAGAAAAUAUAAUUAAUCAUGAAGGACCACACCACCAUCCCCAAUCGAUCGCCUUCUCUGGAACAGCACCUCUUCUUCAACCAAGUGUGUCGAUUAAGUGUGCAUUCUGUUCUCAAUCCCUCCAUCAUUCUAGUUUACUGGCCAGUAAGGGUGGUAGACAAGCUCAAUUAGCCACAAAACAUGGUAAUACUUCCUCAAUGCCAAAAACAACCAGUUGUCCUUCUUGUAGAAAGCCACUUCCAAAAUGUGCUGUUUGCUUAAUGUCAUUUGGAUCACCAUCUCAUUCUAUGGGUAAUAACCAAACAACUGAAAUGGAUUUCUGUUUUUCAUGGUGCACAAGAUGUAAACAUGGUGGUCACGUAAAACAUUUAGUGGAUUGGUUUAAGCAUCAUGACGAAUGUCCUGUCAGUGAUUGCAAAUGUAAAUGCUUUUCAUAUCUUUAAUGAGUAAAUAUUUAUUCCUAU